GCGAAGGCCGAGGCUAAGAGAAAGGUGGAGGAGGUGGAGAAGAAGUUGGCCGAGCACGCUCAGUUGCUCGAGGCCGGCCAAAAAGAGGCGGAAGCAGAGCGAGACAAGCGCCGACGCAACCGGCGUCAGGAGCUGAAGGACAAGGAGGACUCGGACUCCGAG